AGAGGCGUUUCGAACAACUUAUUUACGCUUCCUUGAUUUGUGUUUACUAUCACUAUUUUCAAUGAAGUGAUUGUAACAAGAAUUUUCUAAAUCAUUUCGUUCGAAAACAAAAUUCUGCUGUUAUGCUUAAGAGAUUAUAGCAAACUGAAUCGUCAUCAUUAAUCUGACUAAUUUACACAAUAACUUGAAGAUGAUUUGCUGGAUACAGUCAUCACAAUUUUGACAUAAUGAAUCUCUCUCUUGUCCUUUUUGCCUGUCUAAUUUUAUUCAUUGAACGUCAAUGUCUAGUCACUGCCCAAAACAAUGGUGACGAUAGUUCAAGUCCAUUUCGUUGGUUUAAACCAGACAAUUUUGAUAUUAUUUCACGUAAAAUGGAUCAAGCCAAUCCAAAUAAUUGUGAAACAAUGUCUGAAGCUGAUUUACGCUUACCACCAACGUCACUCAGCCAGAUACCACAAUAUAAUGAAAUCCCAAUGAGACAGUGGUUUACAAAUCGCUCAAAACUGCUACAUCUACACAAUUUAGCAUUAAACCGUGCAUUUUUCUAUAGUUAUAUUUUGCAGAGGCUAGAUCACCCAACCAGAGAUCCUCAGUAUUUACCAUCAUUAAUGUAUUAUUAUCUGUCCUCAUCAGCCGAUAUAUCUUCAGGUCCCAAUGUCAUAAAUAUAAGUGGUGUAUUUAUGGAUACGAACACAACGUACGCAAAUUGGUAUGAACUCAAAGAUAUUAACAAGACCUUACCGUUAUUCGCACCAUUAGCCAGACGGUUAGAUAACUGGAAUGAUGAAAUGAAUUUUUUGAGAAUACCAACUAAUGCUACAAUUGAACCCACGUCUUAUUGUUUAACAUAUUCUAAACAUCAGAUAACUGAUCUUGGAGCUGGCCCAAAUAAUAAUUAUACAGCAUCAUGGUAUAAAAAUAACCCAUAUAUACGUGAUCGUGAAAUGGGUAUAGACUUUAUUCCUGAUAGACGUGGUACAGCACCUAGUAAAAACCAAUACACUACAAAAAUACAACUUGCAACUAUAAGCGGUGAUCCAAUAGAAAAGUUGGAGAAUACCAAAUUCUAUGGUCCAAAUGCUCCAGGUGUUAAAGAAACUUUUCUACCUGUUCGAUUUACUCGUCCUUAUUAUGAUUGUGGGGGAACAAAUCGAUGGAUUGUAAGUUCUGUUGCAGCACUGACAGAUUUUAUGCCACGUUACUCAAAUAUUACCAGACUGCGAGGACCAAGAAUGAUUGGUGUUGUUGUACAAAGUAUGGACUUUUACCGAAUUGAUUUUAAUCCUUGCCCGCCAGGAUUGGGAAAUCCAAAUCAUUAUUUGGCUGGAAUCGCUCGAUGCAAACCAACAACUUUGUGUGUACCUCUUCCGGGUUUUGGUUUUAAACGAGGUGGUUAUCAAUGUGUUUGUCAACCAGGACAUCGUUUACCAUAUGAACAAAAUGGACCAUUUCGUGGUGUUGAUAUUGAAGCGGCAACUGAAGAAGAAUAUCGUAAUAAUUUUGAUUGUAUUCCAGUUGGUUGGCGUGAAGUUAUACCUGAAGAAACUGGUAUGAAAAAUAAUUUAGAAAGAUUUCGUCGUUCAAUAGGUCAACAAACAAGUACAUUAUGGAAUAGAUUUAAAGAUCCAUCGGUUCAUUUAUUGAACAUGAUAUUAACAACAUUUGGAUCAUUCAAGCAGAAUAUCUUCCCAACACCACCAAAAUUAGAUGAAUCACUAUUAAUCAAUGAAAUAUCGGAUAAACCAUUUAAAACAACUAAUUUAGAUGAUCAACCAUUAGAUCGUCUUGUUCCUGGAUAUCGAUCAGUCUCACAUUUGCUACCAUUGGAACAAAACGAUUUUAAUUUAACGUAUACAGAAGAUGUUUAUGAAGAUGGAUUUUUUGACAAUGAUACUUAUAUACUUAUCAAUAAACCAAGUAAUAUAGAUAGUAAGGAUCAGUCAAAUAACAUCAAGAAACGUGUACGACGAAAUGUUGAUACACCAUUUUAUACAGUUGGAGUUGGUACAGUAUUUGAUGCAGACAGGUAUUUUGAAGUUCAACGUUUAAUUGCACAUGUACGCAAAGUGACUAGUCAAAAUUGUCAUCUAAUGACAGCGGAUCAAUUAAUUUUACCAGGAGAAGUUAGUUAUGGUGUUGAGAAACAAUUUGAAAUGGUUGGAAGAACAGCUCUACGUUUAUCACAUUUUCUAAGUGCUUAUUAUCAAAAUAAUGUUGUUGGUGAACUUUACGGAAGUUUAAAAACUGGUUUUCCAAUUAAUCGUUUUCAAUUAUUUGGUGAAGUUUUUGCCAAUGUUUUAUCAAAUUUUGAUAUUGUAUCAAGUGGAAUAUUUUUCGAUUAUCAAAUGUUUACUGAUCAUGAUGGUACAACAUGGGAUCUAUUUGCUCCAUAUGCGUAUAAACCACUCUUGGCAACCCAAGCAGCUGAGGCAAUUGAUAUGAGUAUAAAUGCCUAUCGAGACUAUACAGAAAAACCAUGGUUUCGAACAUUGAAGGUAUGAUUGUUAUUAAGCUAGAUAUUUUAUUUAAACAGCUUCGUCAAAUUUCUUAAAAAUAUGAUUUGUUUUAUGUUAGGGAAAAACACUGCUACAUAUUUCUCAAGGUUGGAUAAUUCUUGAUCGAUAUCAUGUACUGUAUUGCUAGUUGGAUCAGAGACAAAUUUCAAGAUUUUACACAUUAACCAAGGUCUGAACACAUAUUGGUUCUAGAGUCUUCCUAACCCAGUGACCAAUCAAAAGACUAUGAUAAGAAGUAGAUUUGUUCUCUAUAGUAUUCAAUUCAAUCAUGACUAAAAAGGCAUACAAUUAUAUACUGAAGAUCCCUGAACACACAGCACACCAAAUAGGAAAUCCAAAUUGAAGCAAAUCCAUAAGUCGUAGAGGGCGAAACAAACAAUACAUAAUUAGUUCAUAUUAAUCAAGCGAUGGUUAAAUGUAUAACAAUGGUGAAUAGGUCCACUGAUAGCUUACAAUAUAAAUAAUAAAAAUCCGGAAAAUACCUCCAAUAGUUUCAAUUUUCUGAAAUAUUUGUCCUGUUCAGUAAUAUUCACGAUAACGAGAUAGAAAGACAGUAAAUACUUCAGUUCAUUUUUCUAGGAUUGUAUAAUUUGACAAAUAUUAUGGUUGUUUAUUUACUUAAAUUAUCGUUAGAAAUUAUUGACAGAAAAAGAAGCCGAUCCUCAUCGCUUUAAUUUUAUCCGACCUUCGAGGAAAAAUCGUUCAACACCUAAUUCAUAUAUAUGGUCUUUUACUAUUGAACACAAAAUAUGACAUACUACGACAUUUGGUCUACUAUAACUUCUUCUUUGACUAAGUAAUCUCUGAUCUUCCAAAAAAUAUACCGGUAAUUUAAUUGACUAACAAUUAGACGAAUGCGUUUUGUUAUAAUUAUUCUCAAUACAAUUUUCUGAUUAAUUCAGUUUCAAUUCCCGAACCAUUAGCCUGCAGUUAUCUAGUAUUGUUUAUAUGAAACAUUGCCUACUGAUAAUUUCUUUAAAUACAAACACACAGAAACUAGGUAUAUUAUUGCUUUCAUUUUUAAUAACUUGAUCUACUUCUGUUACUCCGUAAUUAAUAUAUUUCUAAUAAUUGUUUUUAGUAAUCAUCAUUAAUUACCUGUCGAAAAACAGAUUACAUUUCUCAGUUAUCACUACUUAUAAUGCGUGUAUUAAUGUUUGUCUUCAGAUAAUUUUCAGAAUAGUAAUAAACCUGAGGACACCCAUCGUGUAUGAAUAGUUAGUGGACACUAUGAACAGCCGCUUCACAUUAUAUGUAUAUACAAUACUUUUAUGAAUUAAACUUUCUCACCUUAGACAAAGUAGAUUUUUGAGAUAACUGGGCGCCGAAACCAUUAGUAGUCAAAAAUGCUGUAAAUACUUUGUCCUCCAUAUUGUUGUCAUUGCACCGUAUUUAUGAAUUAACUAUACAUAAUAUCCUCAUUAACGACGGAAAAACCUAAUUGAUAUCACUGUUAUUAUCAGAAUUAUAGACUAGUUCACAUGUGAUAUGCUAAUUGUAAAACAAAUAUGUUGCCAUUUUAUUUUUCUUUACAUGACUGUUGUCAGGCAACUCAAGAUGUGUUUUUUUUUUCACUUUAGAUUGACGUAAUUCAGUGAAAAAUGUAGUUGAACAGCAUAAAUAUCAGACAUAUUAUUAAAUUAAAUAAAUGAGACAUUGAACAGUCACUUCAUCUGUUUAAAACUGUGCCACAAUAGUUUCCGUUAAGUGACGUUGAACUCUUCACAGUAUUGAAAUUCUUUCAAAUCUAUUUACAUGCUUGUAAAGCAUUUGAAUAUGUCACUUUAAAUAUUGAAAUAGAGUGUUAUAAAUUAAUGCACUGUAAAUCACUUUAAAGAUAAUUUCCUUGAUACUCUAACCUCAUAUAGAGAACCACUGAAUGUCACUUAUUGCUAGUUUAAAGUCUCUUCUUGUUUAUAUUCUUUACUGAGUUUUAGUAAGAGAUGAAAACCGAUUUUAUCUAGAAUAAUCCUCAAAAUACUCUAAUCUCAGUGAUAAGAACUAUGUGCUCAUUAAGGAUAAGCAUCAAGAUCAAUAUUAUUGAGUGAUGGUUAUAGUGUUUUUGCAAGUAAACCUAAUAAAUAAAGUAUUACACCUUCACCUGAGAAACAUAAUAGACCUUAGUUUUAUACAGUGGCAAAUUUCACAAGUGCACUACUGAGUAGUUUGAAACUUAAAACAAAGUAAUUAUCCAGUAUUCUCUGGUUUUUAUUAGAUUUAUUAGUUAAAUCAGUUUAGUAUACAAGUAGCGUAUAAAAUCUAACAUUAUUACCCAUAAAUAUUCGAAAUGGGGAAUCCUACUGGUUUAGUUUAAAUUACUUGGGAUAAAAUACCUGCUUACAUAUGUGGAUGAUACAUUAGCAGAGUUUCCGUCAAUGAUAGGAAAUUUCUUGGAUUUAUUCCUAUCUUUUACGUUACAUACGAACUUCUUGAUAGUUAACUAAUUAAAUGUAUUCUUUGAAAAGAUAAUUGAUUCACAUAAAAACAUUUAUUUUAUUUCAUCUGUAAAAGAAAUGAAUAUCAUUGGUAAUAUGAUGAUAGGUAACAUGAAUUCUACCUAUUUACCUACCUACCUACCUACCUACUUACAUUCAGUUUAACUGAAUAGGAA